AUGCAAUGGGAUGUGAAUCCUGAUGUUGAUAUGCUAUGUCCUUUUUGUAAACUUCAACCGGAUUCACAUUCCCAUCUCUUCUUUGAAUGUGAUUAUUCUAUGCAGGUGUGGAAAAAUGUUUAUAUGAAAGCGGGGUUGCAACAACGAUCCUCGGAUUGGAAUGUGAUUAUACAACGACUUCUCCCAAGAGCUCGUAGGAAAUCUAUGCAAAAUGUACUUGAUAAGCUUCUUCUUGCUGCAUCAGUUUAUUUUAUUUGGCAAGAAAGAAAUGCACGACUCUUCAUGCAAAGAUCAAGAAAUGUGAAUGGGGUGGCGGAACAAAUAUUGUCAACAAUUCGGCUAAAGCUUUUAACUUUCAGAUACAAGAGGAGUGCCAAUGUGGAAAGACUUCUAGCUACUUGGGACCUUCCGGUGUUAUUAUUAGAUUCUAAUUAA